CUGUUUGAGAAAGAAAAAAAAAACGAACUUCUGUGUAUUAAUUUGGUUUGUUAGGGAAACAAGAUGCGAUCUUGAUCGCCAUCCGCAUCGAGCAGACGCCGCUGCCAGCGUCCAAAUCGGUCGAUCGUUUCUAUAUUCUUCCAUGAUUUCGUGCCUGUCUUUGUUGUUUGUUAGUUGUCCGGGUUGUUUCAAUCAACCCAUUAAAUUCCUCUGUCCCCCUAUCUCCGCUCCCAUCCCUUUCUCUCCUCCGCUUUCAGAGAUUUCCCAUUCCGAAGGCUGAAUCCCAUCGCCAAGCAUUCGAUUCCAUCAGAUUAGGGUUUGGAGAUGACGAAUCCACAGCUUCCUCCAAAAUGCCCCUUCCCGGCCUCUUUCGUCGGUAGCAGCUCUAUCAAUUGCAUAGGUCCUAAGGGGAAUCCCAUUGCCAGGGACGGCGUGAGGUUCCACCAGCGCACUGCAUCCGAGAGCUUUCUCCUCGAGGAGCAGCCUUCUUGGCUUGAUGAACUCCUUAGAGAACCUGAGAUUGCUGUCGGGCGAAGAGAUCAUCGGCGAUCGUCUAGCGACUCUUUUGUAUUCCUGGACUCAUCUGAUUCCUCAUGGAAUGGAGACGGCUCCAAUGCAGUGGCUUUCUGGGGACCUCAGGAACUUGAUUACCUCAAACAGAUUCAGCAUGCACCUCACUAUUUGGAUGCAAAUUCAUAUCGAGGCACACAAAUUGAAGGCGCGGAUUCCAGCAACAACAUGGUUAACUAUCCAAUCAGCAGACUUCCACCAGCCAAGGACAAACUUGCGCCUUCAUUUUCAGCUUCUGUGACAAAGAAGCAAGAUGGUUUGCCAUCUUUUGUCAUGGACAGCCAUGUUCCAGAGGAAUGCGGCAAAGAAAAACCGAUAGGCUGUUUCGAACGGAGGGAAGGUGCUGAGGCUAAGCACUAUCAAUCUGAGAUGGAAGCUAAGCGCGCUAAACAGCAAUUUGCUCAAAGAUCCCGAAUGCGCAAGCUCCAGUACAUUGCUGAACUGGAGAGAAGUGUUCAAAUGUUGCAGGCAGAAAGUUUGGAAUUGUCAUCACAGCUUCAGUUUUUAGAUCAGCAGAACCAUAUGUUGAGCUUGGAGAACAAAACACUGCUGCAACAACUGGAUUGUCUUUCGCACGAGCAUCUCUUGAAAUGUCUUGAGCAUGAUAUCUUGGGGAAAGAGCUUUCUCGUCUUCGACACAUGCAUCUUCAGCAGCAGCAGCAGCAGCAACAACAACGACUUCCGACUCACGGACGCAAGAAAAGCAUAGACCUCAAUUCUCAAUUGGCCAAUCUGUCCCUGAAAGGAAAUGAUUCAAACUCGGGUGUAGGUCAGCUCCACAUCUGAAUCAAAAUGUUUUCAGCAGCCUGUUCUUGGAUUCAAGAUCUUCUACAGAUGUUAAAAAGUUGUAUGUUACCAUGAAGCUAAUUUUACCUUUUUGAGGUGUAGGUUUGUUGUUUCCACCUCAAAGUCAACCUCAUUCAAAAUGUAUUUGUUGGUGGUUGGCUAAUAAAAUGUGUUAGGUUUUGCAUAUGGCUCUGUUGUAGCAUGAUUAAGCUCUCUUCUCAUGCUUAUUGAUGUAAAGUCUACCUGUGCUAGUUCAUUGCUAAAUCUGGCAUAAACUUUGUCUUAAUAAA